AUGGGGCAGAGAGACCAAGAAGAACGAACGUCUGGAGCGAGCUGUGGCUCUCCGAGUCACAGCCGGCCGGCGAGGAGCUACUAUGAUCUGUAUCCGGAACGCAAGAGGACGGGACCUUAUAUACCCAAGCAGGCACUCGUGGCGCACGACCGCAAUCGACCUGUCGAUGCGCGAUUGACGCGAUCCAGCGACAGCGGUGUUCGGAGAUCUCGCUCUGGGGAACAGCUUGGUCAUCAGCAUGCACACUUCGACUUGACUCUCCAGGAGAAUCCGGGCCAGCCGUCAAGACCCCGAGGAGGGCAUACAGAAGGCGAGCAGCGAUCAGAUCCUGUACCGUGCGCAGUAUUCAGCACGCUCGCAGCAUCUUCGACAGCGCUUGGACGGUCUCAAUCGCGCAAGUAUGCACAGGAGCCUGUCAAAUCGAUCGAAGAGAUCGUUCGAACGCACUCCGCCAAGCUUCUGACCGUGCCGUCCCAGCGUGUUCCGCAACGCUCGGUGUCUUGGUCUGCGUUCGAUACACCUUGCUCUGAAGCAUCAUCACGUACGCGCAAGAGCGAUGCACACACGGAGGAGCUAUCCGACUCCGAGUCGAUCGCCUCUGAAAGUUCUCUGGAGCGUGAAACUCGUGCGAUGCUGCGGAAUGUACAGAGUGUACAGAGUGUACAAAGUGUACAGAGUGCGCAAGACAAACAUUUAGCGACAGGCGUAUCGCAAAUCUCGAUUGGCAGCAAGAAAGCGGACUCUGGCGGCAGGCGACGUCCUAUUCUCAGGAGUCCCAUCAGCCGGACGUCCUCAUCUGGUCGAUUGUCAAGCUACACCUCACAUCUAGCUGGCGUGUCACCUGAUGGUAGAGGUCGGACCUGCAGCAUUCGAGUGACGGUUCCCGGCACUGCUGACGUGCGUGUGUCGUACGCCGAUGUUGGAGCUGCGAACGGACAUCCUGUCAUGAUCUUCCUCGGCCUGGGCACCUCGAGGCACUUGGUAGGCCUCUACGACGAGCUGGCCACCACGCUGGGCCUACGUCUGGUUUGUAUAGAUCGAUGGGGCAUCGGGCAAACGGACAGCAUUGCAUUGGAAGCACGGACCAUAUUGGGAUGGAGUCUGAUCGUGGAGCAAGUGGCAGAAUAUCUGGCCAUCGACAGAUUUUCAGUGCUUGCUCACAGCGCAGGCGCGCCGUUUGCUGCUGCGGUAGCACUGCUGUUUCCAGAGCGGAUAUUGGGGCCGCUACAUUUGCUGGCACCAUGGACAGGCGUGCAGCUAGACAGUGGCUAUCGAUGGCUCCGCUAUGUUCCGGAUAGCGUGAUCAAAACGGCGCAGGUUGCAGACUGGAUGAUCCAAAGCUGGAAGCUGGGUAAGGAGGCGGCUUGGACAGCGAGCAAGACACCUGCGAGCUCUGCAGCCGACGACGUAUCCGCGAGCGGGCGCUACAAGCUAUACGACCCCGAUAGAGGGCCGACGCCGCCUCCGAAAGACCGCGCAGUGACGUUCGGAUCAAGACAUGCGGCAGUGACACGAGCGGCAGCGGUCAAGACGCAGCUUGCAAGGGGCGAAGAGCGCGACCUGGCAACGAGGAAGGCGGGAGAAAUAAGUCGGUCCGAAGCAGCGUCGUAUGAGCGGCCAAGGUCGACGGAUUCGGAACGCGAAACUGCCCUGGACUUGCUCAAGGCGUCGCAUGCGGAGAGUGCACGCGGGCUGGUGGACGAUCUGAAUCUGGUGCUCGGGAAGCGGCCAUGGGGAUUCGACUACGCCGAUGUGGACAUGACGUGCGAGGUGUGGCACGGCAGCAAGGACGAGCGCAUCCCUCUCACGAGCUCGAUCAACCUGACCAAGGAGAUGCGACGGUGUACGCUGCACGUGGUGGACGGAGCGACUCACAGCCUGAUGACCAACACGAAGGUGGUGAUGGAGGUGUUCGAAAGUAUACGGAGAUACGGUCGUUCGUAG